AUGAAUGGGGAUACGGUCGUUUCCUACUAUGAGGAGGUCUUAGCUCCUACCUUUGCUUAUAGACGGAGGCAGCUUGCAGAGAGGUUCAACAAGUCCUUUGAAGACACCUGGGGGUUGAUCCUUUGCGACAGCUUCACCGGACACCACAGCAGCAGCGCAGGGACCGACAUUCAGCGUGACUUGUGGGCCUGGCUGUCUCGUGGCAUGUGCACCUACGAGGAGAUGAUUGAAGCGAAUGCUGAUAUCAACAUCACAAAGGAUGAUCUAUCCAAGGAGAUGGCUAGCUGCGAGUUGGAGGUCCAAGGCGAUGAGUGGCAAGCUCCAAUGGAAGAGGUUUGGAAGCAGCCAGACAUCUCCAGAACAACUUGUUUGUGGCAGAUCAAGACUGAUGUGGUGGACCAGCUUGCAGAAGACUGGGAAGUCGAGGAAGACCUUUGGCGGUGUUUACCUCAGCAUUGGCAGGCCAUCCUGAACAAGCAUUUGGCUGCUUUCCAUGGAAGGCUUCAAGACUGUGAAGCAUUGUACCGCCACAGGUUGGAGCAGUUUGGGGCAAAUGAUGUGAAAACCAAGAACGCUUUCACCAAGCUUGAGAACACAAAGAGUGGCAAGGGCUCUGAUGAGAUCAUAUUGAUUUGUAAGAAAACCGGCAAGGAGGCGUCUCCCGAGGUCUACAACAAGUCUGUUCUGAAAGGAAAGGCUGCGCAAGGGGCUGUCAAGGUCAACUGUUCCAAGUUCAUUGAGGCCUACCAGCUUUCGAUUACCAACUUGACCCUGCGACAGCUGUCCCAGACUUCAGAGGAGAAAGUGAGGGAACUCCGGAUUGUGAGUGUGACUGGCGCAUCAAGAGAAGUUCAGGAGCUGCGAGUUCACCUGAGUGCUCUCUCCCUAUCCACUUCCCAUGUCCUUGAGAGCAUGUCUGGUCCACCCCGUAAAAGGAAACGGGCAGAGGAGGAUCCACAGGAAGACGAAGAGGCUGAAGAUGGGGAUGAGGCAGAGAAAGAGCUUGCAAUGGUGGCUGCUGCCGGAGAGAUCAAUGAAGAACCUGCUGAAGCAGUGCUUGAGGCAAAUAUGCCUGCUGACUUGGAGGUAGCUGAGGAAAUUGAGCAGACAGGCAAGGCUGGUCACAAUGAUCAUGGAGCAUUGUCAGAUAAUGAUGACAUCGCCAGCGAAGAUGAUGGGGUUAGUUUUGAGCUUUGUGACACCAGCUUCGUGUGUGAAGGAAGUACGAACGCAAGCUCAUCAGCAGACACACCAUCUGUGGCUACUACUCCCAAAGGCUCUGGGUUUUUGGAGUCGCCAGCCUUCCAGUUCCUCAAUCAGUUGGGCAUGGCAGAUCUGCCAAAUGUCACAGGCUGCGGAUUGGCCUUACAUGGCACUAUUCAAAUGUGGCAGGUCAGGUAUCCCACAGCGGAAGCUGGUCAGAAGAUGUCCCGUGCCCGUUCCUGGGGACAUCUUCCCAAAAAGGGGCAUGUCUCUUGCUGUCGGGCCUUGCUCGAAGUUCUUCUAUGGGGCUGGGAGCGCCACCAAGCAGAAAAUCCAGCUUGCGCAGCUACCAAGCAGAAGGUUUGCACACUCAAGGGCGCUUUGGUUGUGGGCCUUGGCCGGGAUUUGAAGCAAUGA